AUGGCACGUAUUGUCCUGCAUGAUAUUGAGAAAGGGUGCAGUAAAUUUAGUUGUGAUACUUUGUAUACAGCACAAGAUGGUACAAAAUCAAUUGCCAGUAUUUUCUUUUACCAUCCAAGAUUCAUUACACAUCAAGGAACGGUUUAUCGUGGUCUAUUUGACUCAAGAGCAUUAAGAAAUAUUCAAGUGAACUGCUAUAUUAUGACUAAUACAUUUCUGUCAACAUCAAAAAGACCUGAAGUAGCUGAUACAUUUGCAGCAUAUGAUCGAGAUAUGCAAAAACUUGACAAAGAAGGUAAAGCAGGCGAAGUAUCAAUCGGUUGCACAUACAUAAUUAAAAAUAUCAAUGGAAAUCGUCGAGCAAUAGAUAUAAGUGGUAUAUCUGAACAUCCGCAUGAAGAAGAAGUACUGUUGUUGCCAUAUUCAGUAUUUCGGGUAACGAAAAUAGAGACAAUCGAACUUCCAAAUAACAAAGAAAAAAGAAUUGAAAUUGAAUUCGAAGAAUGUGAUCCAGCACAAUUAAGAACGAGUCUCAAUUACCAGUAA